ACAGACAACACUAUUGUCGCCAUCGACGACCGCGGUGAGGAUUUCAUCAACAUUGUCUGGGACCAUGACCCAACACAAGGCGUUAUAUCAUAUCACCCGACUCUCCUUCGAAAUGAUGGUGUCACUCUAGUACAAGAUGGGGGACUUAUUAGUGCCCCAGCAGGAGCUGCACCUCUCUCUCAUCGAUUUACAGGACUUAAUCCGGGAAUGCAGUACACCUUUGAUAUUAACGUCGUGGCAAGUGCAAAUCCAACUACUGAAAUUGACUAUGCAAGUGAUUUGGCUUUUACACGACCUAAACCACCAAACAACGUACUCCUGUAUCCGCUCACCCCAACUACCAUCUUGUUCACAUGGGAACGUCCCCUUCCACCAAAUGACUUCUUUAUUGACUACGUGGUGUCUGCUUCCAAUGUGGAUCUGGGUUUUUCUGUACAGAAUGUCCUACCCCAAGGCGCUACCAGUAAUGCUAUUCGUGGUCUCCAACCAGCUACUAGCUAUGACUUGAGCGUUCUUACCAAUAUUGAACCUGUCACAAGCAACUUCCCUGGUUUCACCGUUGUGCCGCCAACUGCUGUCGCUGGUACUGUGAAUAUUGGGGCUGUUACAGCUCAAGAACUGGAGGUACUCUGGUCUACUGAUGGCAUCGCUGCCGACUCAUUCAGAGUUCUUCUGUUCAGUGAGGAUGGCUUAGAGCAAUUUGAACAAAGUGUCCCCGCUGGAACCACAUCUGUGUUAUUUGAGAACUUGACACCGGACACCCCGUACAUUGCUGUUGUUGAAGCUAUUGUUCGAAAUGUACUGACGAAUACAGAUCAAGCUUCUGUUGUUGGAUCAGAUGAAGCAACAACCAAUAGCCUACCAGGUACUAAUAGCGUUACUGUGGACAGCACAACUGGAAAUUCAGCAACACUCUCAUGGACCUUUAACCAGGCAGCCACAGACUACGUAAUCUCUUACAUCAGUGCCGAUGGUUCUCAUACUGGUGCGUUUAACCCAGACGGGAACGGCAACACAGCUGUCGUUGUGCCUGGGCUUCAACCACAGACUACCUACACAUUCUCAGUGUUAGGAACAGACGGCACAAAUACAUUUAACGUCGGAUCAGCUGUAGGUACAACAGGUUUGGAUACGACGGUAACAUUGGAUUCAGUUACAGAGAACACGGUUACACUUUCCUGGACGGCGAUAGAUGGUAGUACUUUCUACCAGGUUUUAUAUAGGCCUACUGGCUCGACUCAACCGGAACAACAAAUGAUAGUUUCUAAUGGACCACAAAACAGCCAAACCACACUAACUGGACUCACACCAGCUACAAUGUAUGAUGUUCGAGUUGUGGCUUUCCCGGGAGGUGCACCAUUGGAAGUUGGAAGCAUCACGCCAACAACAGCUAUUCUGAAUGAGGUUAUUGUGGAUUCGGUAACACCAAACACGAUAGCUCUCCGCUGGACAACUUUGCCAGACAACAUAAAUUAUGAGAUAACCUAUACUGCACCAGAUGGAACACAACGAAUGGUUUCAUCAGGCACUAGCCCCAACAUCAUCCUUACUGGACUUACUCCUGCCACUCAGUAUGACAUCUCAGUACGUUCAACAUCUAACGAAGGACAGCAACCAGCCGUUGGUACCACUACAGCUACUACUGUUCCAACACAAGUUACAAUAACUGAAACAACUCCAAAUUCAAUAAGUGCAAUUUGGACAGAGAUAACAAAUGCCUUGACAUACCGCAUAGACUUUGUCAGUGCUGAUGGCCUACACACUGGAUCUAUCAAUUCACCUGUACCCCCGGCAGUUAUUGAUAGUCUACAACCAGGUACAACCUACACAAUAACUGUUGUUGGUACUACUGCGGACGGACAGACCAUCCCAAUUGGUUCAGCUUCUGCUACAACAGGUGGUAUUGGCACUUCAGUUGAUUUGGGCCAAGUUACAUCAAGCACAAUCGCCCUCAACUGGACCCCUAUCCCUGAUACCAAUACUUAUCAGGUAACUUACACUAGACCAGAUGGGCAAGUGCAGCAGGUUUUGUCGACCACCCCUGACCGACCGCGUAGCCAGGAUUUCAUUUUGGAGGGGGCGGUAAAUGCACGCUUCGCGUGCCAACACUUACAGAGCGCGCGAAGCGCGCUCCCAAGGGGAUGGGUGCAGGGAGGGGGAGUUUCCCCCUCCCUCGCGAAGCGCGAAGCUUUUGGUGUUUCAUAAAUUAAAAUGAAAAGGAGCCGUCUCUCUUGUCUCUAGUACCUAUAUCAGCUCCAAUUCAGUUGACUUUAUUGUGAUUUUGAACCUUGUUUUUUUCAAAGUGAUUGUGAACGCACAAAAAGGAAUACAAUGGAGGAAAUUAUAAUCAUUAUAAGCUAAAGCGUUUUAUCAAUUUUUUUGCCAUGAAAAGGGUCCCGAGAAAAGGGUAUUCUCAAAGAUAUAUUGAAUACUUCCCUUGGAAAUAUCAGAUUUGAUUACAAACAAUUUAGCGACAGUGCAUAUCUUUAACUCGCAAAACAGAGGAGAAGAAGUGUAUAUGCCGGGAGGAAGAUAUUCCUCCCCGCGCAGAGCAAUAAAACUCUGAAAUUUCAAAGGGCGGACGUUUCAUCAAAUGCAGAUAUAUCUAAUACCCCAUCGGCUCUAAUUCAAUUGAUUUCCUAAGAUUAUUGAACUUCAUUACAAGGAAAAUAGUGCGCAAAAAGUUGAAACUUCUGUGAUUUAUUAAAAUUAUAUAAAAAAGGAUGUCUAAUUUCUUUGACUUAUCCUGAAGCGCUUCAUUUUGAAUUAUAAAGAAACCUAAGUGUCAUUCAAAAUUUCAAACUGAGGGUGCAAAACAGGACAUGAGAUGAAUGUGCAGGGAAAUAACAUGAAGAUUAAUAGAAUUUGAAUAAAAAUAUUGUACUUUUUUAUUUAAUACGACACGAAUUUUAUACAUUCCUCUUUUUAAAUUAGGAACCUGUUUGCCCCAAAUUAUGGUUGUUUAGUAAUGACCUGAAAAGCGGGAGAAGUUGACUUUAUGGAGGUGACGGCAGAAAUUGAUAUAAAGAUUUUACCCGAUCUUACUCUAAUUCCAUGCCCUAAUCUAUAAAUUUGAACUUUAACUGGCAAGAAACACCUAUAGCUGAGGUGGAAAAGCAGGGUUAGAGAAAGGGUGGGGGAAACAAUGGAGAACUUCAAUAUUGUCAUUUAACCGCGCGCAGCGCGGAAGCAAAAUUCAUAUAUAAAUUUAAAGCAAGAGUGAAGAAGUUUCUCUUUUGAG